AUGAAAGAAAGGAAAGAGACAUUCACCAAGGUUAAUGAUGCCUUGAGCGAGUGGGUAACAAGUGCACUUCUUGCAAACCACAUCAUCAACGGCAAGAUUUUACAAAUAAAAGCACUCGAAUUUGCUCAACGAUUUCCUGAGGAAAACAAUUUCAAAGCAUCAGACGAAUGGCUGGAGGGUUUCAAAAAGCGAAACAGUUUGUGCCAAGUUAGGUUGCAAGGUGAAGCAAAUAGCGCGCCAUUAUCAAUAUUACCAGAAGAAAGAGAUCGCCUGCGUGAAAUAAUUGGCAAUCCAGCUGACAUCCAAUCUUUUGCUGAAGACGAGGUUAUGGACCGAAUUAAAGAACAUUUAUGGAUUAGACAUUCAUUCAAUCAAGCAACUGGGCCGAGAUCAUUUGAUGCUGGCUCAUUUAGGUGA